AUGCCCCCUAAAAGAAGACGUACAUUACUGACAGGGACUCACGAUGCCGCCUUCAAUGAGCUAUUCAAACCAGAAUACAAGGGAAAAAAAUUGACAGAUGAGAUCAAUACCGCCAAAGAUAAAUGGAAUCUACUUCCUGCAUUUUUGAAAGUGAAAGGUUUAGUCAAACAACAUUUGGAUUCCUAUAACUAUUUUGUCGAUGUUGAUUUGAAAAAAAUCAUCAAGGCAAACGAAUUAGUUUUGUCAGAUGUUGAUCCAGAAUUUUAUGUAAAGUAUUUGGAUAUCAGAGUCGGCCAUAAAUCUACUUCAAAACCAGGAGUGAAAGAGGUUAUUUUACCUCCUCACGAAUGUAGAUUGAGAGAUUUAACUUACUCGGCACCUAUUUACGUCGAUGUUGAAUACACUAGAGGUCGUAAAAUUAUCAGACACAACGAUUUGGAAAUAGGGAGAAUGCCAGUUAUGUUAAGAUCAAACAAGUGUAUGUUGGAAGGUAUGUCUGAGGCAACCAUGGCCCAAGUAGAAGAGUGCCCAUUAGAUCCAGGUGGUUACUUUGUGGUUAAUGGUACUGAAAAGGUUAUUUUAGUUCAAGAACAAUUGUCCAAGAAUAGAAUUAUUGUCGAGGCCGACGAAAAAAAGGGUAUAGUCCAAGCAUCUGUUACGUCAUCGACUCACGAACGUAAAUCAAAGACUUAUGUUAUUACUAAAAACGAUAAGAUUUAUUUGAAACAUAAUUCUAUUAGUGAAGAUAUCCCUAUUGUUAUUAUUUUGAAAGCAGCCGGCAUAGUUUCAGAUCUAGAGAUUUUACAGUUAGUUUGUGGAUCCGACCCAAACUAUCAAGAUUUAUUUGUUGUAAACUUUGAAGAAGCCGCUCGAUUGGAAGUUUUCACUCAACAACAAGCAUUAUACUAUGUUGGUAAACGUGUAAAGACGAUUAGACGUGCCGGAGCUCCCAAGUUAUCACAACUUCAAGAAGGUAUUGAAGCCAUUGCCACAACAAUCAUUGCUCAUUUAACUGUUUCUGAUUUACAAUUUAAAGAAAAGGCUCUUUAUAUUGCCACAAUGGCCAGGAGAGUGGUCAUGGCUAUGCACAACCCGAAAAUGGUUGACGAUAGGGACUAUGUUGGGAAUAAGAGAUUGGAAUUAGCUGGUCAAUUAAUGUCAUUAUUGUUUGAAGAUUUGUUUAAAAAAUUCAAUUCAGAUUUCAAAGCCAAUAUUGACAAAGUUUUGAAAAAACCAAGCAGAACUUCUGAGUUUGAUGCAUUGUUAUCAAUUAACAUUCACUCAAAUAAUAUUACCAUGGGGUUAAAUCGUGCCAUUUCUACUGGUAAUUGGUCAUUGAAACGUUUCAAAAUGGAGAGAGCAGGUGUCACACAUGUUUUGUCAAGGUUGUCAUAUAUAUCAGCUUUGGGUAUGAUGACUCGUAUUUCCUCUCAAUUUGAAAAAUCAAGAAAAGUCUCUGGACCUAGAGCGUUGCAACCUUCACAGUUUGGUAUGUUAUGUACCGCAGAUACACCAGAAGGGGAGGCAUGUGGGUUAGUUAAAAAUUUGGCAUUAAUGACGCACAUCACCACCGACGAUGAAGAAGCACCUGUGAAAAAAUUAUGUAUUGUCUUAGGUUGUGAGCCUAUAUUUGCAUUAGACUCAGCUACUUUGCACGUGGAAGGGAACUUUGGUGUCUAUCUCAACGGUACUUUGAUAGGUACAACUAGAUUCCCAGUGAAAUUUGUCCACGAUUUCCGUCACUUGAGAAGAAACGGUAAAGUGUCUGCAUUUAUUUCAAUUUAUACAAACACUCACCACCAGGCUGUGCAUAUAGCCACAGAUGGGGGGAGAAUCUGUCGACCUUUGAUAAUUGUGGAAAAUGGGAAAUCCAAGGUUACAGCAGAACAUUUGGCAAAGUUAAUCAAUCAGGAAUGGUCUUUUGAUGAUUUUUUAAAGCACGGUUUGGUGGAAUAUCUUGAUGUUAAUGAAGAAAAUGACUCCUUAAUAGCAUUGUACGAAGAUGAUAUCACUGCUAAUCCAGGAGCAGUAGUUACCCAUUUAGAAAUAGAACCAUUUACCGUCUUGGGUGCUGUCGCAGGGUUAAUUCCAUAUCCACACCACAACCAAUCUCCAAGAAACACUUAUCAAUGUGCGAUGGGUAAGCAAGCUAUUGGUGCUAUAGCUUAUAAUCAAUUUAGAAGAAUUGACACAUUAUUGUAUUUUAUGGUGUAUCCACAACAACCAAUGGUCAAAACAAAAACAAUUGAGUUAAUUGAAUAUGACAAGUUACCUGCUGGUCAAAAUGCCACUGUUGCGGUUAUGUCCUAUUCUGGUUAUGAUAUUGAAGAUGCUUUGGUUUUGAAUAAGGCAUCACUAGAUAGAGGAUUUGGUCGUUGUCAAGUGGUUCGUAAGAACACGGUGCAGUUGAAAAAAUAUCCUAAUCACACUCAAGAUAUUCUUGCCGGUAUGAGGGUGGAUGAGAAUAAUAAGCCUAUUUUCCCACAUCAGGCAUUAGGUCCAGACGGACUUGGAGAAGUUGGAAGUAGAAUCUUUAACGGUCAAGUUUUUGCUAACAAAUGUGUUCCUACAAACUCUGGCGAUUCAACAUUGGGUGCUCAACAAGAACAAAGAACUGCAGAAAGUCAUCGUGAAGCACCAGCAUUUUACAAGGGUCCCGAGCCAUCAUAUAUAGAUCAAGUGAUGAUGUCAGUUAGUGAUAAUGAUCAAGCGUUAAUCAAGGUGUUGUUAAGACAAACCAGAAGACCAGAAUUGGGAGAUAAGUUUUCCUCCAGACAUGGGCAAAAAGGUGUUUGUGGUAUUAUUGUUCAACAAGAAGACUUACCAUUCAAUGAUUCGGGUAUUUCUCCUGACAUUAUUAUGAAUCCGCAUGGGUUCCCUUCUCGUAUGACGGUUGGUAAGAUGAUUGAAUUGAUUUCUGGUAAGGCCGGGGUAUUGAAUGGUUCACUUGAGUAUGGUACUUGCUUCGGAGGGUCGAAAUUGGAGGAUAUGUCUAAGAUAUUGGUUGAGAAAGGGUUUUCUUAUUCAGGAAAGGAUAUGUUGUAUUCUGGUAUAACUGGUGAAUGUUUGCAAGCAUAUAUUUUCUUUGGUCCUAUUUAUUAUCAAAAAUUGAAACAUAUGGUUUUGGAUAAGAUGCAUGCAAGAGCACGAGGUCCAAGAGCCGUCUUGACAAGACAGCCUACCGAAGGUAGAUCGAGGGAUGGUGGAUUGAGAUUGGGUGAGAUGGAAAGAGACUGUGUUAUUGCUUAUGGUGCUUCACAAUUGUUAUUAGAAAGAUUGAUGAUUUCCUCAGAUGCUUUCGAAGUUGACGUUUGUAAUAAAUGUGGGUUAAUGGGAUACAAUAAUUGGUGUACAACCUGUAAAAGCUCCGAGAAUGUUAUCAAGAUGACGAUACCUUACGCUGCUAAGUUGUUGUUCCAAGAAUUGUUAUCGAUGAAUAUUGCCCCAAGAUUAAGGUUAGGCGACGUGUUUUAG